AACCGCUGAGCGCGGCGCACACAGAUACUCCACACACACACACACCGAUCCGCGCACCCUCGCGGCCGAAGCCGCAAACCGAGCGCCGCACAGACCGCCCGAGUCCCUUCACCACGCGCCCCACCGGGCCUCCACCACGCCCGAGCAGGCGACCAGCAGGCCGCAGAUCCUCGAUAAGCACCACGCCGGGCCAGCAGGCUCCUUCACACGCCGCCACCAGCCGCAGCACCAACGCGGGCCGCCAUGGAAGCGCGCCUAGCACCGCACGGGAUCACGAGCCCCCCGUCGAGCCCCGAGAACCAGCGCCGCCAAGACAGUUCGGGGCCCCGCCUGGGAGCGAGCGAGCUGGGAUGAAGUCAGGCGUGGAGGUGGACGGCGGCUCGGACCCUGGUGACGGCGCCGCUGGACUUCGGGAUGGGUGUCGAGAGGGUUCCGGAUCUGCUCUUUGUUGUGGAGGAAUUGACCGGAGGAGGGAGAUCAAGCGGCGGGGGAGAGGAGGGGUAUCAGAGGGCUGAGAGGGGGUAUGUUACUGUCUUUGUAAGAUCAUCGUGCAGUCUUAUGCUUAUACCACAUCACUAGUCUGUGAAAAACUACAUAUAACUCCAAUUGUCCUGUGGGAUAGUACCGAAAUAGUUAACCUUCUAUUUACACCGGCCUAUUUCGUAUGGUUCAUUUGAAUCCUUCAGGAUUGUAAACAUCAAAUUUUAGACUGUUUGCGAGGAACAACUGUCUAAUCUAGUUGAAGUUACAUGUUUCUGGAGUGUACCAUGGUGAAAAUGGCCAAUCGUUGACUGCCCUGUUAGAGUUACUGUUGAUUCAUCGCAUCGGUGCCCAAAGAUUUGUUGCCCUGGCGAUAAUGAACUUGUAAUUUGUGAACAAGCUCAUGCCUCCAGUCUGCUGGUUUUUUCUGUACAAUAUCCUCAGACAAGUAACCGUGGAAAAGAAAGGCAUGGCAAAACCAUUGAUGAGGAAGGUUGCAGAGUGAGCUGCCAUUACUGCGUUAAGGUGGUUUCGAGUUACAACCGCCUAGAACACCAUUUAGCAGGCAUCAGGGGCAAUGUCAGCACAAGCUUAAGGAGUUCACUUGUGGAUCGCAAGAAGAGAAAGCUUGGAUGCUCAGAAAAAUGAAGAAACGGAAGCAUGAACAUGAUGAGGUUCCUCACACAAGCCCAGCCCUUCCAUCUGCUCAAGUCCAGCAACCACAGCUACAACCAACUGUGUCCAAUAACCGCUGCUUUCUUCAUUAUCUACCGGAUUUGAGGCAGCCCAAGGAAAUCACAUAUAAUCCUUGUCAACUGAAACCAAAGGUUGAGGCAAAUGACUUUGAUUCUCCUUCAGCAAAAUCAAUAGGCAAGUUCUUCUCCAAACCUGCACCUGAGCCUACGUACGAAGCUGUUCUGCAGGAGCAACUAAGAGAAACUGAGAACCGCGCAAAGGAACUCAAGCAAGAGUGGCAAACAAGUGGCUGCACUGUAAUUGUUGAUAGUUGGAAGAGCAAGUGUGGCAAAAGCUUCGUAAGUGUCCUGGUGCACUGUAGCAAAGGUAUGCACUUCCUCAGAUCCAUUGAUGUCUCUGAAAUCACUGAGGACUUCGAUGAGCUAAAAUCAAUGCUCUCUCGCGUGGUUGAUGAUGUCGGUGCCCAUAACAUUGUUCAGAUUGUCAUGAAUGACGUGUCACCCCAUAUGCAGAUGGCACGACAGUAUGUUCUAAAUAAAUAUGAUAGUUUUUUCUUCACACUAUGUGUUGACCAUUGCAUCAACCUUCUGCUUGAGAAAAUAGCAGCGCUCGAGCAUGUCAGUGAAGUUCUAAUGAAGGCAAGGGAAAUUACAAGGUUUUUAAAUGUCCAUGCACUGCCAAUGAAACUGAAAGGAAGAUAUGUCCAGGAGGAGAUUUUGAGCAGUUCUUAUCUGAAAUUUGUGGCAGUGUUCAUCACAUUAGAGAGGUUAGUUUCUGCAAGAGUAGGUCUGGUGCAGAUGUUCAGCUCACCUGAAUGGGUUCCCUCUGGUUGGGCUUCUCUUGAUUUGUUUGAGCGUAUCCAGAGCAUAGUAAAGACAGACGAUACAUUUUGGCAUGCUGCGGCCAAAGUCGUGAAGGUUACAAGUCCACUUGUCAGAGUGUUGUAUAAACUGGAAUCUGAUAUCUGUCCGAUGGGUAUCUUGUAUGAAGCCAUGCAUGGUGCAAAAACAGAGAUAUGUGUCAAUAUUGGAGAUGGAAGUGAGUUUUAUUUGCGUAUAAUUGACAGGAUAUGGGAUGGUUACUUGCAUAGCCCUCUUCAUGCUGCUGGUCAGAUGCUAAACCCAAGGAUCUUUUACGCAGCUGGAUCCCACCUUUAUACUGUGAUCAGCAGCGGCAUCGCGGCCUGUAUAAUCCAACUGGGCAAGGCUCAUUACGAUCCCAGAAAUGCGUUAGCACAAUUGGAAGUGUAUGAAAAGAAGUUGCGCUAUUUCGAUACAGAUCGAGCAAAGCAGCAAAUAAUGGAAUUACCACAAGUUAAAUGGUGGUCGAAGCAUGGGGCUCGCGUGCCCGACCUGCAGACCCUUGCGAGGCGGGUCCUGAGGCAGACGUGCUUCGGCGCCACCAGGUACAACAUCGACUGGAGCCUGUCGGAGAAGCUGCACGCUGAGUGGGACGAGAUGACGCUUUCCGAACAGGAGAGGUUCCGGCAGAAGGAGUACGUCCACUACAACAGCGUCCUCGCCCGCGCCUCCCCGCUCCUGCACGGCUCCUCCGUGAAGCAGCACGACAGGGUCACCUUGGUGCUGCAGGACUGGAUCAGACCGCAGAAACAGGCCGCUGGUCGCCACUGAGUGAGACAGCGUUCAGUUCGGCCUGGAGCGAUGCUUUAUCGCCUCCUCAGUUUUCUUUGCUAUCUGUGUGUGCUGCUGCAAUGGUGUGCAGAAGUAAUCUGUCGAGUGGCAAUGUCGUACUGGUACUAUCGUCGUCUCUGACGAAUCUCCAAGUUUUUAAUUUCUUGAACUCCUGCUGGAUUACCAAGUUUGUUAUGUUGUGUUGAAACCCUGCUGAAUUUCCAAGUUAUUAGAAGUAUGGUUGUGGAUCA